UUGCCGUCCUUCUUCUGCGCCUUGGUCACCGCCUUCUUGGAGCCCUUCUUCGGGGCGGGCGCGGACUUGGCAGGCUCCAGAAUGGUCGGGGGAACAGCGGAGCGAGGAGGCGGAUGGAAAGACAGAGGAGGCUACGAGCUUCCUCUCUGUCCAUAGCCAGUUAAAGGAGGCGGUGAAUAAAGUCGUGUCUGAUUGGCGGUGAACGCUGAAAACAUCACACGGGAACGUAGUCCAAUCAGAAUCGGUGUGUUUUCAACCCGGGGCUCCAUUGGUUUAAGCGAGAGCGGCGUACCUCGGCGCGGAUUCACGGUUGCGUCCCGGCACCACUAUAAGAAGGGGCGCCCUGGGCGAUUCGCAUCAAACCCCACUGGGGCAGGCAGUUUUGUGUAUCAUGUCUGGACGCGGGAAACAAGGCGGCAAGGCGCGCGCCAAGGCCAAGACGCGCUCGUCGCGGGCCGGCCUGCAGUUCCCCGUGGGCCGCGUGCACCGGCUGCUCCGCAAGGGCAACUACGCCGAGCGGGUCGGGGCCGGCGCGCCCGUGUACCUGGCGGCCGUGCUGGAGUACCUGACGGCCGAGAUCCUGGAGCUGGCGGGCAACGCGGCCCGCGACAACAAGAAGACGCGCAUCAUCCCUCGUCACCUGCAGCUGGCCAUCCGCAACGACGAGGAGCUCAACAAGCUGCUGGGCAAGGUCACCAUCGCACAGGGCGGCGUCCUGCCCAACAUCCAGGCCGUGCUGCUGCCCAAGAAGACCGAGAGCCACCACAAGGCCAAGGGCAAGUAGAAGAGACUUUACUCGCCGGCCGCUCCAUGAGGUCCAGUCCGAAACAAAGGCUCUUUUCAGAGCCACCCACCUUUUUUCACUGAAAGCGCUCGUGGCCGUUGUUUGAAAGUGACUUACUGCAGAGUUGGUCGGUAGGUGUCAGUAGUUAAACAUCCGAUAGAGGUGAAACUAUCCAUUUUGAAACUACAAGUUAAACACUUAAUAUGGCCAAUUAAAAUGGAUACUGAGAUACUUUGUCACAAGUAAUUUAAGACGGUUAGUGCAGCCGACGCCCAGCGUUAAAAGUGAAGCGCUUAGCCGCCCCGUAGAGAGUGCUCCACAGAGAACGAGAUAGGGAGGAGAUGGAGACUUCAGAGGCCCGUAUGUUUGUAGUGAAGAGCUGGGACUCCAGUUUCCUAAUUUAUCUAUCAGCAGUGUGCACUGGAAAUUUAGCUUGGCAAGCGGUUUCAGGAAGUAGCUAUUUCAGACAGAUUCAGUAUCCGGGAG